GGGAGAUAGGUAUGGUGCGUGUGUGAGAAAGUUUGCAACACAUGCGCUUUCAUACGGAAAUUAAUUCAGUUCACUGUACGUGGAGGCGCUUCUGUACAUUCAGUUGGGAAAAUUCACCCAAUCAUCCCUCUCAUUCGCACGCUGUAUCCCAUUUCCCAUUUUCACUGGUGUGGUGGUCCCUUUUGUACAUUCGAAGCUACUCUUUUGGUGGCACUUUCCUCCCCCCGCACGGUUGUGCCCCCCAAUGGCCCCUGGCGUGAAAUGAUCCUUCUCUGCCAUGGAUGGGGUGGUUGAGCGCUGUGAGGGGGUGGUUUGCUCCAGCAGCAAUGUACACUUUGUACCUUUUGGUGGUGUAGCUCUCGGGGGGAGGAUGAGGCGCGCACAGUGGGGCUUGGGGGGUGGCAGAGAGGGAGCAAUAUAAUGUUACCUCUCUCCAACACUGAGGCGCCGCUCUCUCGCUCUUUUCGGAGGUUUAGCACUCCACGUUCCUAUUAAGACCAGUCAGUGGGGUUCCUUCUUGUGUGUAGCUCUGCAACAUGGAAGAAUUUUUCAUGCUCACUAUAUAAAUUCUCUGCGGUGGGGUUGAAUAGUGGAGUUUGUGAGUGAGGGUUGAAAAUACAAAAAAAAACGGUGGAAUUUUUCAACCCAUUCCCCGUGAGUGUUCGGUUCUGUGGAGUUCCUAAUGCUACGACCCACCCCCGUAAGGGUGUAAAAGGUCCAUUUUUCCGUGCAAAAAUAGUUCUGUGUAUUGAGAGUGCACAUCUCUGCUUUUGGAUAUCGUGUUUCGCCAGUUUCCGUGUUGGGUAUAAUUUAGUUUUUUGGACGCUUUUUUUAUUUAUUCUUUUUUUUCGUGUUACACCCCCACAAUAGACUUUGGGAGAGGAAAUCAAUGGAGGUGCAAUUGUGAAUAAAUAUUGUGUGGCGCAGUGGAGGAAGGAUAUUCCCAUUGGAAUUAAUGCUGGAGAGAGAGAGAGAGAGGAAAAAAAGUGAAUGAUCAGGAGGUGGCAUAGAAAUAAAAAAAAAUUAUAUGCAGAUGAUGAUGGGAAAAGAGGAUAAAUUCCCAACAUAUCAAUUGAAGGCCUAGAGGGUGGUGAGAGGAAGGACUGGCGGAUGAAAAAAAAAUAGAAUACUCUGUGCGUAUAUGAAGGUAUAUUGAUUGGGGAAGAGUUGCAGUUUGCAACAACAACAACAAAAAGUGUAUGUUGGAGAUAAAUUGAAAAUUGUACAAUUCAGUGGUGCAUCAAUAAUUUUCAAUUUUGGAAAUGACCUAACAGACUUGCAGGAGUUUGCACAUAAUCGUCUAAAAGAGUGUAUGUGUGCACGGGGGUGGCUGCAUAGCAUCCCCAGUGGUAUUGGUGGCGAAUAGUAGUUGCACGACUGAGCGAAAUAUCGCCCGUUUUUCGGCUCUAGAAUAUCAAAUGUGAAUGAUUUGUGUAGUGUUGUGCUGGAAAAAGGAAGGAAGGAAGGGGUUGGUUGGUUGUGCAAUGUGCAAAAUGGUGCUAUCAUCGGCAUUGUAUAUUUUGCCACUCUUCACUGCAUCCAUUUUGGCGGCAAACAUUAGUGAUAGUUACAAUAGCUACAGCAGCAAUCUAGGCAUAGAUUCACCAAGUGAUUCCGCAACCGCGCGAAAGGAUGCAAAGCCAUACAUGUCCCGUGUGGUGCAGACAAAGUAUGGUUCAGUGAGUGGUGUGGUUGUGAAUCUCGAAGGGAGACACCUGGAUCCCGUGGAGGUCUUCAAAGGCAUCCCCUAUGCCUCACCACCAGUUGGAACGCUGAGAUUUAUGCCACCGGUCACCAGUGCCCUGUGGUCUGGGAUUAGAAGGGCGGAUAAAUUUGGCCCAGUAUGUCCACAGAGAUUGCCUGAUAUUAAAAAUGAAACAGCAGCACUGGAGAGAAUGUCCAAGGGGCGUCUGGAGUACCUCAAGAGACUAUUUCAGCAUUUGCAAAAUCAAUCAGAGGAUUGUCUCUACCUUAACAUUUAUGCUCCAAUUCAGACAUCCAACACAAAGGUCGUAGACAAGGGACCAAUGAAGUAUCCAGUGAUGGUUUUUGUUCACGGUGAAUCUUAUGAAUGGAACAGUGGGAACCCGUAUGAGGGGGCGGUGUUGGCCAGCUUCGGGCAGAUACUUGUUGUCACGAUAAAUUAUCGUUUGGGAAUUCUUGGGUUCCUCAAUGCGAACACUAAUCGAUAUCUCAAGUCACCCGCCAACUAUGGGUUGAUGGACAUCAUUGCCGCCCUCCAUUGGAUCCAGGAGAACAUCUCAUCCUUCGGCGGGGAUCCAACGAGUGUGACACUCGCCGGCCAUGGAACGGGUGCUGCGUGUGUUCACUUUCUUAUAUCCUCCAGUGCUGUUCCUGAAGGUCUCCUAUUUCAUCGGGCGAUUCUCAUGUCGGGCUCGGGUUUGGCACCGUGGUCACUUGUGGGUGAUCCAGCUCGUCAGGCGGCCAUUGUGUCGCACCACGUAAAGUGUUCACCGGAUUUACCCCAUAGUCUGCUCAUGAAGUGUCUCCGGGAGAAGCCACUAGUGGAUCUACUUGCCACACCAGUCAGAUCUUCCUACUUCAGCAACUCUUUCGGACCAACCGUCGAUGGUGUUGUUAUUGAUAGUGGAGAUUCAUCAUCGGGUGAGUCGGGUCAGGAGGACUACAAAGGUGAAGGCUCACAGGUGAAACUGACACAACACCCGAGGAAUACUCUGUCCAUUAUUAAUUCAGUGCUGCUGCACAAACAAGCAAUCAGCAAAUUGACGAGAUAUGAUCUGAUGACGGGCGUUACGAGGGCCGAAUCGUAUUUUUCAUUCAAUUCUGAGGACGUUCAGUAUGGCAUUGAGGCGGACAGGAGGUCAAAGAUCCUGAGGACAUACGUCAAAAAUACCUACAGCUACCAUCUAAAUGAGAUACUGGCAACAAUUGUGAAUGAGUAUACAGACUGGGAGCGACCGGUGCAGCAUCCAAUUAAUAUUCGUGAUGAAACAAUGGAGGCACUGAGUGAUGCCCAAAUUGUUGCCCCAAUCGCCCAAACUGCCAACAUCCAUUCGGCCGAUCAUCGAAAUUCCUUCCUCUAUGUUUUUGAAUAUCAAUCCAAAUUUGGGGAUUACCCACAGCGACAGGGAUGUAUCCAUGGUGAGGAUUUGCCAUAUGUCUUCGGUGCCCCACUUGUCGGUGGCUUCAACCAUUUCACGAGGAAUUACACAAAAGCCGAAAUCGCACUCUCCGAAGCUGUCAUGCUCUACUGGACUAACUUCAUAAGAACUGGAAAUCCCAAUGAGCAGCAAGAUUUAUUUGAUGGCAAACAGGAGAAGCUCCGAAUAAAGAACAUCGAGUGGUUCCCAUAUGAUACGGUUCACAAGAAAUUCCUCAAUUUAGAUUUGAAACCUAAGCUGAAGAACCACUACCGUGCCCAUCGCCUGUCAUUCUGGCUCAAUUUAGUGCCUGACCUGCAUAAGCCGGGCAAUGGUAAUGUGCCACUGUCGCAUCAUCAGCUGGAAGCGGAUGAUGAUUGGGACAGUGUCUCGGAGGCAGAGGCGACGAUAAAGCCCCUGAGUCCGCCGCAGGAGCGUGGCCCUAUGAAUUAUUCAAUUUUCACCACCCAAGUGUUCUCGCUGUUCAACUUGUCCGCCCCAGCGGCUGCCAAUGGUAAGAUGGUGCGGGCAAAGAGUACCGGUGAUAGCACCGAGGGCAGCGAGGAGUCACAGCAGGGUACAGCAGCACCGCAGGAGGAUGGAUUUGCGGCCUACAGUACAGCACUCAGUGUCACAAUUGCCAUUGGAUGUAGCCUCUUGAUCCUCAAUGUUCUCAUCUUUGCUGGUGUUUACUACCAGCGCGACAAGACACGCUCACAGGAUCUUCAGGCAUCCGGUGGAGGUGGCUACAAGAAGCGCUCGGAAAAUGGGAAGGUGCCCAAUAAUAUUUGUGGUGAUCUCGAUGGCACGACAAUUCACCUCAAGAGUGACCCAACGGCCAUUUUAACGCAUCACCACGUGAUGCAGCAUCAACUGCCACCACUUGACUGUAUGGAUGGGCCACAGCGUGCCCCACCACCGCCGAAAUAUCUCAAAUCCUUCCCGGAGAAUGCCAUGUUGGCACCAAAUACGCUGCAACUCCUGGGAAGGAAUCUCAACUCGUGCAGCAUCGAUGGGACGGCAACGGUGACCAAGUCGAGUCUCAAGCAGACCAACAGUGAGUCAAACCCCCAAGCGGCUGUCGAUGAGCUGCGUGUGUGACGGCAAAUGAACUCCGAGACACUACCGCGUGUCAAGAAGUCCCUUCAGCCAACGGCGAUGUUUCAUCCCAUGUGCUGAACUGGACAACAUCGCACGCAGAGAUGUCAUCGGAGGGAAAAAUUCUUUUUUUUUUGGCGCGAUAAAAAAAAACAAGAAGCAACAUCCUGAAUAUAUUUAUGUGGUCCUGUGCAUACAAAUUAAUUAAUUGGUGAGUGAUGUACAUACCUUUACACCCCUUUAUCAUAGAGAUCACAACAUACCCCUUUCCUCCCUAAAAAAUACCCCAAGAACGUAUCGCAAGAAUGCACAAACACACAGAAGUACACACAAACAUACACACACUCAAUCUUUGCAAAAGGAAAUUUGUAUUAACAAUUAUGCAAAUGGAAGUGUGCAGACAUUUUCCGGGAUAAUCUCUCUCUCGUCUUCCCAAUGUCUAAAGUAAUUGCUUCUCCAAAGAGGGUUUCAUUGAGAGAAAUUUGGGACAAGAAUACUUGCCAUUUGCAAUUAAAUGCAAUUGAUUCCCAUUGAAUUCCAAUCACGUGGAAACAAUGGCAGAGAAUUCAAUCAUUCGCCCUCCACAUUUUCCCGUGUAGACGUGCAUGUGAUUGGUGCAUAAGAUAAGAUGAAAUUCUCAGAAUUUUCUUCAAAGAACAUACAUAAUCAAUGAAUUAUUUUGUUUUCAAUCUGGAACUGUGUUGGUGGAAUUUUGCAAAAAGGGGUGAGAAACUGACUGCUUCUUUGCAAGAGAAAUGUGGGAGGAUAUACUGAAGGGAAAUUUGAAUCUCUCGAGAAAUUUUUGUUUUAAUUUUUUUUAUUGAUGUUGAGAGAAUGUGGAGAAGAUGUUAAUUGAGACCGGAAUAUUCAUGAAAAUAUUAAUUAAAUGAAAAAUCGUAUAAUCAAUCAAUUUUAGGAAUUUUAUCAAGAAAAAUUUUGAAAUAUUUUUUAAAUGAAUUUAAGUCCAUUUUUAAAUUCAAUAGAAUUUCUAAAAAAAAAAUUUUAACGGAUUUAAGCAAUUCGAAUUUUAAAAUCGUUCUUUGUCUUUUCUUAGAUUUUUUUUAAUUAACCAGAAAUUUAUUUUUCUUUAACAAAUAUUUCUCAAAUUGAUUUCAUUUUUUUUCAAAUUUAUUUAACUUCAUGGAAUAUUUCGGUUUAAUAUUCAGAAAUAUUAUUUUUCUACGCGACGUGUAAUAAAUAAAUGAAUGCUGUCAAAAUGAUUACCCGGCUGGUCCAAAGGUAAUCCUGACUUGCCCAUUUGUUUACAUAAAAACGGCACAAAAAUUUUAUUUUCACAAAAGUCAAAAAAUAUCAAGAAUUUUGGUUAGGAAUUGGGUUUUCAGACUACAUAUUCUAGAUAAUUUUGAAGUUAAUUUUUACUUUGAAAAAAAAAAAAAAGCUGUGUCAUAAAGAACAAAGGGGUAGAUUUUGAUAAAAAUCUUUUCUUUUCUUUUUUAACAACUUAAAAUUUUGUUAUAAGAUUUUGACAGAUAGAGUUUUGAAAUAGUUCUGUUGUCUUUUUUAUGAAAGAUAAAUGAAGAAUUAGUUGCUCCACAAAACGGUCAGAUAGAACUUUAAAGAGCCCUGCAAAAGUAAUUUUCCUUCAAAAAUCCGAUUAAAAAAAGAAAUAAAAUGUCAAAAUUCAAAAAUCUUAUAAUUGACGAAUUGUUAGUGAAGAAAAGAAAUAUUUUUUAUCAGAAUCUACCACAAAGUUUAAUUCAAGAAA